AUGGUGGCAGGCGAGGGCAGUGGCAGCGCCACACCGCAGAUCGAGGACGAAGAAAACGAGGCGUCUGCGUUGCACGAGGAAACGAAGCAUUCAGGUCCUGAGGGCCCGACGGUGGCGGCAGGCCAGAGCAAGGAAGACGCGGACUCGGGCGCGAAUCAACUGAGCGCAGGCGAACGGAACAGGAGAGAAGGAACAGACUCGCAAGAAAAAGAAGCAAACUUCCGCAUUGUUUGCAGGUGGACGCUCCUCACAAAUCUGCUCGAGGCCGUCCGUCAAAAUGCCAGCGAAGCUUUCUUGCGGCCUGUCGCAGUCGCAUUGGUGUCCCGCGUGGUCAAUUUGGCGCUUCUCUCUGCUCUCUGCCGCAUCCGUCUUUCCUCCGUCUCGGCGUCGGUCGCUUCUUCGCCGGCUCCCUUGCGGAGAGAGGCGGGGCCUUCGAAGCUGGAGAGGCGGCGGCAAGCGCGGCGACUGCUGUUGCUCUUCGACGCCAGCUUUCGCCGCCUCGCCUGCAUGAUCCAGGACGUCCGGCAGGCAGCAACGGCCUCCGUGCAGCUCGCCCUCGUGCAUGCAGAUGCGCAGGUGGAGGCAGGCGGCCUCGGAAGCACCCACUCGCCAGUCGACCUGUUUUGGGAAGAGUGGGAAGCCCUCAAGAACGCCCCGCCCUUCGACAGCAGCGCCUUGAGCCGAGACGUUCGCGUGCUUCUUCCCGCCCCGGGCAUCGGCAGUUCGGCGCCUGGAAGCGCCGGCGCAAAGGCCGGAGAAACGGGCGAGGCGUUCAUCUGGCGGGAACCGGUGUCGGCCCGCGGGGCGCAGCGGCGCGCUGUCCACGAGUGGCGGGUUAUUCGGCAACUGUGUAAAGACGUGGAGGCGAUCACGGAGAUGUACCACUCGCCGCUUCGCCCAUCUGCGCCUUCGCCGUCUCCGUUGCUCCUCGAGAGACUCGCCGCCGAGGCAUGCACAGUCUUGCUGCGACAGAGCACCGGCGACGAGCAGAAACUUUACGCGAGCUUUUUGAGGGAGAGAGAAGACGCGGAAGGCGAAGACAGUGCUGAGAGCUCGGACGAAGACUUUUCCGGCGAGGAGCCGCGCCACCAGCGAGUUGCGGGCGGCGGUGACGGCGCGCGGAAAAUGAACGAGAGAGACGCACACGACCGGGGCGGAGACAGCUCCGGCGGCGUUGCUUCGACGUGUGGAAGUGGCGCGCGCACCCAGGGGGGGACCACAGUCCUGGAGAAGAACAACGACGCGAGAGACAGGAAACAGGAGCCCAGUGAAGCGUCCUCGGCUGGUGGCGCUGCGUCAGCUGGAGACAGAGUCGAAGAAAGCGGGUUGCCAGAGGCGACGGAGAGUUAUGCUCUGCUGCUGAAGAAGGAAGAGGAAACGAAACGCAGCAACGGGCUCAGCGCCGCUGUCAUCACGCGAGACCUCUCCGUGGGGACGGCAGGCGUGCUGCAGUGCGACGGCGGGGCCGUUAGCGUUCGGCUGGAGGGUCGCAACUUCGUCCGUUGCUUCGUCGACACCGUGGAGGGACUGGCCCCGCGUUACUUCUUGCAGAGUGAGACUCACCUGCUGCUGGUGUCUCCGUCGCAUGUGGUUCCCGGCCGGGCUGAUGUGCGCAUGGCAUGCCCCCUGGCCAAUGUCGACUGUCGAGUCGACGCGACGGACACCUGUCGCCUGCAGAUCCUGGUUUGUUCCUCAGCCGCCCCGCCUGGAGAUGCCGUUUGGGCUCGGAAGAACCCUCACGCCAGCUGUGCUCGUGAGGGCAUCUCGCUUUCUUCUUCUCUUUCUGGCGGCGGGUCUUUCCCAGGCCUCAUGUGUGCAAAGGGCUCCGCUCUCAAGCCUGCCAUCCUCCCGCCGUCGCUGGCGUCUGCGUCUGCAUCGAAUCCGUUCUUCAGUUUGUCGGGCGUCCUCGCUGCCGAGCCUCUCUCGCUUUCUUCCGCGAAUGCUUCGGCGCACGCAGAAAGUCUCGACAGCCGAGCUGACCUCGGCGCUGCGCCGCUCACUUCCUUUUUGCCGUCCCCAGCCUCGCGUUCGGGUGGUGCGGCGAAGGCAGGAAGGGACUCUGACAGAGACGGACACCUCCCUUGUCACUGGGAGUUAAAUUUGUCCUUCGACGAUACCCUCAGAUGCUGCAUUGUUGCGAAAUCAAUUCAGGAAGGCCGCAGCAAAGUCCGGACAGCUUUGCGGCUGUACAUUGACCGUUUCUUGGAAGACUCAAACGCCGACGAUUCUCUGCUGUUUGCCUCUCCGUUCGUGUUUCCGCCGCCAGUCUGCGAUGUCUUCUCGUCCUCGCCGCGCGCGUUGUGCUCGAAGGCAGUUGUUUGCCGUGGGGUUGACGGCAGGGCCGAACCGCGCAGAGAGUUGCGGGUGAUGGACCUGAGAAGAACAGCCGAUGGAGAAGUGCGGGAGCGUCGACGGGGCGGGGGCGCGAGAAACACAGCCGACUCUGCCGAUCUACGGGGAUAG